AUGCAUAAGCAGUUGCCUGAGGGAUUGAUUCUGAAAUCGGCUGGUUCAGUAGGCCAGGUGAACCUAAAUACGCCAUUGCAGCAGUGGGUAAAGAAGAAGCCAAACCCCAUCGACUCGGGCCCCAAAUCCCCUGGAAAUGUGACAGGGAACUCGAGUGGUGUCUCAGCUGCAGAACCAGACUCCUCUGACGUUGAAUCUUCAGCUUCACAUUCAGAGGAAAUAGAAGAAGAUAGUGAUCGGUAUGAAGAUGAUGAGUUCACAACGGUGUUGUCUCAGAGGCAGCGCAAGAGUGAGCGAGGCAGUGGCCUCAAACUCCACUAA